UGGAACUUAGGAGUUGCAAUUGAUAAUUCGGUGUAAGUGUAACUGCACCAUAAAUUCACGUAGAGAAUAAUUUAAAAUGCCGCCGAAAAAGGCGCAAUCGUCCGCCGGAAACCACCACACAUCGGCGGCGACGCCAGCCAGGAGAGCCGUCAACGGUGGCGGAUCGAUUUGGCAUUGGACGAAUGAGCGGCACGUGCGUUUCCUCAACAACAUGGAGGCUUCCUUCGUCGAGUCGAUGUUCGGCGGCGGAGGAAACGGUGGCGCCGCCGCCGCCGUUGCGCCGCCGCCGCCGCUCGACCGUUAUUUGCCGGACACGGCGGAGUCCACUCAGGAUUUGGCUAAGGAAAGGCGGACAAGGCACUGCACAGCCUCAGCCUCAGAUAUUGCAGGGUCAAGAGGGAGGAUGGACAAGAAGACGAGAAAUUUUUCUUGCCAAAAAUCUUCACAGGAUCAGGUGGUCCCACAAGUUGACAUCAGAAGAAAUGAUGAUAAAGAUAAUGACGAUGAAGUUCAUUGGCAAGGAAAUAAAUAAUUCGAUUUUUAUUUGGAUAGACUUUUAUUAUUAUUAUUAUUAUUAUUAUAAUUUGUAUUGGUAGGUUUUGGUAUCAAUCUGUAUUUGUUAAUGUUAUUUGCAAAUGUUUGUAUUUUCUCGACUAAUUUAUUUUACAAAUUCC